CGAUAGGAUUGAAGACAGACAGACAAACSAUCGAUCAGACGAUACACAUCACAAGGAUACCAUUUGAAUUGGGAUAUUGAAAUCUCCCGUAGUACAAGCAAAACUCAAAAGAAACAGAUCCAAACAGAUAUUUUCGAAAAUGUCUGMUGUACAACCAACUACCGGAAUGACUGAUCAAACGAUCGAUGCCCAUAAACCACACCAGCAAGUCGAAGCGAAGCCAGRAAUGGUGGCAGCUGCCAACGAGGUACAAGUACAACAAGUWCCCGUGCAAGUUCCAACCGUUCCCAAUGCCAACAGCGCCGAGGCCUCCUCAACCGYGGUUGCCGCUGCUGUAGCCGCAGCAGCAGCCGCUGCUGCUGUUCCUGAACAGGCGGUAGCGGUACCGGAAACGCUGGUGGACCACGUAGCGGUGCCCCCCUCCGAGGUACCAACGGACGCUGACACCUCGGCCAUGAUUGCUGAAGCGGGUAAGUAGGCGUGUAAUCCAAUCGAGUAAAGAAAAAGCCAACUGAAGUGCCGAUGAGAAUUAAUAUCCUAUCCUUCCCUGCCUCACCACGUAGUUCCUGUUGCUACUCCUACUUUUUUUCUCGUUUUGAUAAUCCUACAUACGCUUGCGCGCACUAAAUCAUCCAAUUCAAAAACCACAAUAWCAGCCGCUGCUGCUGUUUUUGCCGUCGGAGAUGUGCAACUAGCAGUUGAUGCGGCACUGGCUGCUGACGGGAACAACGAUGGGGCGGCCGCGGCUGCCGCAGCGGUGGCGGCGGCAUCGGUGAAGGCCGAGGGCGUAAACGGGAUGGACGUCGCCGUCACUGCCGCGGAACUGGAAGYCAUCGACGCCGAGAACAAGAAGAACGAGCAGCGUCGCAAGCGAUACCGCGAAAAGAGCGURGAGGAGGAGGUUCCGCCACCCAUGAAGAAACAGUCCACCACCGGCCACUCGCAUGAGGACCAGUUGGCAACGCGCCGAAUGAAAGACCGACAGCGGUACGCCAACAUGACCCCUGACCAACGACAAACCUACAACGCCAARCGCCGGGAGCAAUACCACCGCCAGAGCGAGARCUCUCGCCAACGCCGCCGCGAGCGAGAACGCGAGCGCUAUCAUUCCCUGGGCACGGAKGACGCCAAGACCCGGAAUGCCCGCAGGGCCAAGCUGGAGAGGGAACGCUACCAGCGCCUGACGCCGGCGCAGCUCGAAGCCAAGAACCGAAAGCGCCGGGAACGCGCUGCCGCGGCCCGGAACAAAAAGUCCCAGGAGCGCAACGGGGCCGACGGGAGCAACGUUGCUGCCGAGGUAGCUGCUGCCACGGCUGUGGCCAUGGCUCCACCGGACAUGACCGGGGUCAUKACUGCGGAACCACCCGCUGCCGCCAAGRUCGCGGAAGCCGCCGUAGCAAAUGCGAAUGUGAAUAUCAAUGCGAAUGUCAAUGCGGAUAUCAAUCCAAACAUAAAUGCGAAUAUGAAUGUGAACGUCAAUGUGAACCCGGCAGUUCCGAUGCCCGUAGUGGAACAGCACCCCCCUCCCCAGCAGACUGUGGAAACUGCUGCCGUAGAAGCGGCCGUUGCUGCUGUGCAGGCCGCGGAAGCCCAGCAGCACGCAGUGGAAGAAACACAAAGGGCAAACGCUGCUAUGAACCWKGCGGCUGUGGAUGCGGCCGUCCAGGUCGUGGACAACCACACCAUUUCUGUCUAGGUGACAGACCGGCCGAAAGGAACCGAAUUUACUCGACCCAACGAUCAAAAKGGGUUUGGUUGUUGCGUGAGAAUCUUCGGCUUAYAUACACCGUGUUGGCGCACACGGUUUUUAGGAUUGAUGGUUGUAGUUUUAUUCAGUACGUGUWCAUGUUGUUCGUGACGAGAUGCGAGAACCAUUAUUUUGAUGAAGAAUGGGAUUUCAUAACGAAAACUGGAAUGCAGUUCAAUGCACUAUAAUAAUUAGAAUUUAGUUUACAUAUGUAAAGGGUUCGAAGAAGUAUUGCCGUACACGUUGAUAACURAUCUCUUGCAUUACUCUUCGUUUAGGAGGCUUCGAUCACCGGUCUUGGAAUUCUGCGUCCUCCCGUCGUCAUGUAGAAGACUAUGGCAUCAGUAUUUCUAUUGUUGARUCAUAWGUUAUUCAACAGAGCUGCUUAUUUUGUGUUUUCUACUACUUUAUGACGAUUCUUGUUCCUUCCUCGAUCGGAUGACUGUUUCGUUUCGACCAUUACAUACCUGCACACUUACGGUACUCAAAACSAUUGAUAGAGGGUCCGCGAGCGAAGCAGGUUUCGGGCUUCAUAGCCUCGGGGUUCAUCGAUUAGAAUGACGGUUACCACAUAUGUGGGAMUGUAUCCAUGUGAUGGUCGUUGUGUUAUGGUACGUUCUCUUGUGCUUGUCCCCCCUGCGCAAAAACUGCUGUUAUGCUACAGAGACUUAURCCUGUAGCGAGCGGAAUCCAGGCUCUCGAGUGCGAUUUGCGUGGCAUUCAUGUCCCAGUAUAUGAUGCGUGCCCCGAGAAAGGUCACAAAGUUGCUAAUUAGCAAGGCAAGGUGAAAAUACUCCUCGUCGCUUGAUACGACUCCGGCCCACCACAGCAGCACCGGUAUAACCUGCAGGGCAGCGUCCAGCACGGUGAUAGCCGUGCUUCGGCGUUGGUUGGYGGAAAAUGGCUUGACAAAGGGAAAGACCGUGCGGGCGUGGACUAUGCACGAAAAAAAAGAAUGGGACCAGCAGGCAACCGCCGUUUCCGUGUCGGCACCGCAUUCCUCCGGACAGAGCAGAGGAAAGACCAGGGAAAASACAACUGCCGUUCCACCGAUGCCAUAGCCAAAUGCAAUCUGAAAUAAACGGCUCUGUGCAGC